GUCUUUUCAGAAGCAACAGUAAACAAACGAAAAAUAAAACGCGUUUGAUCAUCCAGGACCUCGAAAAUCUUUGAAAAUUUGUGUAAUAGUGAAUAGGUAACUGAAAAUUAAAAAAGUUAAGUAUUGCGGUUUCGGUGAUGCUUUCGGUUCCACAGAGCAAGAUCUAGAUUGAAUAAUGGCGUCGAUCCAAGAGCGAUUGCAGCUCAAGCGUGUUCCUCUCGAUAAAUGGUCCACCAAGGAAAAACUAUGCCUGGCAUCGGCGGUGGCCUACAGUGGGGACCAAAACUGGAUGUCCGUAAGUCGAUCGCUCAAGAUGCUGUGCGGUGCUGGUCGUCCGGGAGAUUGGUUCUCGCAAAAAUCCUGCGCCGCUCAAUAUGGGAAGCUGCUGGAAAACGUCGAGACUCCGAAGCGCAAAAAACGGACCGCUUCCGAGAGAGACGGAGUGGCUGCCGUUGAGACCCCAGGGGAAUCUAUCCUGCGUAAACUCACGCAGGAAAGAAUGAUCGAACUGAAGAAGAUAAUCCAGGAAGAGGCUCAGCAGUACACCAAAGUUAAGGAGGACAUUAUAUUGAUCCAAAGGGGAGUCACCGAUGAGCAAAAGUUGAGGGAAAUGUGGAAGCAAAUUCAAACGGAAAAAGCUCAGAAAGAAAAGGAACAAAUCAUGCACGCCCAAUGGCUGAAAGAACGAGAAGAGAAGAAGCUGGAACUAGAGCGCCAAUGGCGUCCUUUGUAUCCAGGUUCGCCAAAUUCCUCCAAAACGCCAGGCUCUGCUGUUAAAAUCAAAGAGGAAAUAGACGAAGAUAGUCAAAGUUCUUCUAAAUCCGGUACAUCUCCAUUACUGACUUCUUUGCUGAAAAGCCCCUCGACAAAUCCAGCCGGCAAUCAAGUCCUAUCCACGCCUGGGAAUAGCAAAUCCUCAACAUCUCCAACAACAAACCUGCUCACAGGAAACUCACCGGUGUCGAUAAAUGUCCUUGCAAAAAACUUGUUCCCAGCAACAGAAGAUGAAUCAAAAUCAAAUCUCGAGGGAAACAAAACCAUUCCGCAGGAGGAAAGCCAAUCCGGCAUCCCAACAUCCAACGCAUAUCAAAUUGCUCCGAAUCUGACAAAGCUUUUGGACACUAAACAAAACGACAGUUCUUCAGCAAUUGUCACUCAAGAGCCACAAGAAUCGAACGAGAAAACAACAAGCAAGAAGAUAUGGACACAGAUGACAAUGUGGAUCCUGCCAAAGAUCUGA